AGUACUUGAGAGGCCUAUUACUGAAGAGGUGAACAGAAGACAAACGAGGUAGAAAAUAUGUAGGACAGCUAGAAAGUUUCAAAGGGUUGUGGGAGCUUGGGUGACACUUAACAGUGGCCUAAAGCAUUACAGGAGACUUCCUGAAGAGCUGACAUCUAAGUAUUGAAGGAAGAUGAGAACUUGUUAGCGAGCCUAGGGGACAGUGGACAGAGGUAAGGCUCCAGAAACCGGGGUUUACUAGAUCACAGAGAAACAUACACGGACCAGCUUUUUGGCUUGAAUUUGCCCUUUAGGACAAAUGUGAUUGGAGCCUGAGAUAGGGCUAGGGCUUUAGGUGCACGAGAUCCUUGGAAAAACAUACUCGCUUGGUGCCUUGUGACCAUGACCCCAUGGACUAUUAGCUGAAGGAGAUACCUAGCCCAUAGGAAAGUGGUGCACAGUCUUGCUGACAGCGGCUGGUGCGAAGCACUGGCCAAUCUCAAGGGCCCACAACCGCCGGCCGAGCGGCCGGCAGCAGAGCGGCCGCCCCGGAAGUGACACGCUGCCCCGCUGGCGGUGCGGAAGUGGAGAUGGCGGAGCUUUACGUGAAGCCGGGCAACAAGGCGCGCGGCUGGAACGAUCCGCCGCAGUUCUCUUACGGGCUGCAGACCCAGACUGGCGGACCCAAGCGCUCGCCGCUCACUAAGAGGGUCGCCGCCCCCCAGGAUGGAUCCCCUAGAGGUGCGUGGGGUCCCUGUGCGCGGAGGCCCGCGGAGGAUAAGGCGGUUCCAGGGUCAGCUUAUCCCCUGGGCGUUUUACUCCUCCCACGGCUCCAUAAAGAGGUUGGGACCCUAGGAGCUUUUCCGAGUUUCCCUUCUGCUACGCAAGUCAUUGCUACCUCAGAGACCUCUGGGCCCCCUCCAAUGGGGCCUCCACUUCCUUCAAGUAAGGCUCCCCGGCUCCCGCCUGUGGGGAGCUGCCCUGCCUCCAGUGUGGAACCCAUGGGCUUCCCAGACAUUGAAUCUGAGGCUUUGAUAGAGGAUGUGUUGAGACCUUUGGAACAAGCUUUGGAGGACUGCCGUGGCCAUACAAGGAAACAGGUAUGUGAUGACAUCAGCCGACGCCUGGCCCUGCUUCAGGAACAAUGGGCAGGAGGAAAGUUGUCAAUUCCUGUAAAGAAGAGGAUGGCGAUACUGGUGCAAGAGCUUUUAAAUCAUCGGUGGGAUGCAGCAGAUGAUAUCCAUCGCUCACUCAUGGUUGACCACGUGACUGAGGUCAGUCAGUGGAUGGUGGGAGUUAAACGAUUAAUUGCAGAAAAAAGGAGUCUAUCUUCAGUGGAAGAGACAAAUGAAGAGAAAUCUGAAGCAGCAGCUGAGAUCCAGACCAUACCAGGCUUUCAGGAGGCUCAAUAAUCCUGGAGAUUCCCCAGACUCACACAAUCUGCUAGGCCUUGGUGAGAGAGGUCUUCUCUCAGUUGGCUCCCUUUUACUACCAGAGACACUAUCCCAUUGGGUCUGGGCUGCAGAGGGGUCACUUGUAACUAUAACAUGUGUAUUUUAAUAAAAAACCAUCUUGGUGGUGGGCAGUGGGCAGGAAACUGGUGCCUUCUGAUGCUAAUGGUCCCAUACUCUGGUUUUCUGUACUCCCGCCUCCAUUCAUUGUAAGCCUUGCUGUGCUUGGCCAGACUGCCAUUGGCAACUUUUCCCAAAAUUAAACUGAAGAGCAUAUUUGUUGCUAUGUGGAA